AUGAGUAUGAAUUAUCUCAAUAAAUAUGAAAAAUAUCAAUAUAUUCAAGAAUACGAGUCUUGCCUCAAUACAUCUUCUAACUAUGAAAAAAUCAUUAAAAUUGGACAGGGUACAUAUGGAGAAGUAUUUAAAGCGAGACAUCGACAAAACAAUAAAUUUGUUGCAAUGAAAAAAAUAUUAAUGCACAACCUGGGAGACAAUGGGUUUCCCAUCAGUUCCUUGAGAGAAACGAAAAUUUUAAGACUGCUCAAACAUGAGAACAUCAUUAAUUUAAUUGAAAUUUGUAAAUCAAAAGCGACAGAUGGAAAAUAUCCAUCGACGUUUUAUCUUAUAUUCGAUUUCUGUGAGCAUGAUCUCAAUGGCUUACUAUCAAACAAGGCUGUCAAAUUUAGUUUGCCCGAAAUAAAAACAUUUAUUAAACAGUUAUUAAGUGGUAUUUAUUACAUUCACGUUAAUAAAAUAUUACAUAGAGAUAUAAAACCGUCCAAUAUACUCAUUACAAAAAAUGGAAUUUUAAAAAUAGCUGAUUUUGGUUUGGCAAGACCAUUUAGUGAUAAAAAUUCUGGAAACCUCGGUAAGGAGCAAGUGGUAACAUUAUGGUAUAGAGCACCUGAACUACUUCUUGGAGAUGAAAAUUAUGGACCGCCUAUUGAUCUAUGGGCAAUCGGAUGUAUAAUGGCUGAAAUGUGGAAACGGGUUCCAAUAAUGCGAGGUCAAUCGGAACAACAUCAGCUUUUUUUAAUAACAAAUUUAUGCGGUUCCAUUACACCAAGUGUGUGGGAAGAUGUAAAAGAGCUUAGGUUAUUUAACACAAUGCAACUACCUCAAAGGAAAAAACGAAAAGUGAAAGACGAAUUAAAAAAUUACAUCGACAACCCGUACGCAUUAGAUCUUAUAGAUAAUCUUCUUACUAUUGAUCCAAAUAAACGAUUGGAUGCAGAUACAUCUUUAAAUCACGACUUUUUUUGGACAGAUCCAAUGCCAUGUGAUUUAUCGAACAAAUUGCUUCAACUUAAUCACAGUAUGUUUGAAUAUACUAUGGCUUCUCAACGAUUACAGAACAAAACUAAUGUUACUGUUGCGCCUCCGAUAUAA